GAGCAACCUGUACACCCCCCGCUUGCCACAAGGAAUAAGCUCGCUCUAGAUCGGGCUUAUACGCUCUUCAACGGAGGCUGUAUUACUCGGACCCGGCAGUUCUGAGGGGAGAGAUCACCAAGGAGUUGUGUGUUACAUGUGUGUGUGUGUCUCUCUGGCUAGACACUCAUUUCGUUACCCCCCCUUUUUUUAGCAGAUUUUUUUCUGGCUGGAAGCCCUCCCCUUAAAGAUAUUUUCUCUCUCUAUAUCUAAAUUUGUGUACAACAACAUCCCAAAACAACAAAAAAGGUCUCCUCCUCACUACCUCCUCAUCCCUUUCUCUCGUCCUCUCUUUCUAUAUAUAUAUAUAUAUAUCUACAUAUAUAAUAUAUAUAACUGGAAGAGAGUGUGUGUGUGAGAGCAAAGACGGUUGGAGAGACGAGACACACCACUUCUACCAGUGAAGAAAAGGGAUAAGGUGUGUUUGUGUGUACUGUAUAUUAUAUAUAUAUAUAUUACGUAUAUAUAUAAUAUACAUACAUACCUCAGGGGUCCAAAAAAAAUUUUACCGAAUCUCUAAGUGAAGAAGGAAAUUUCAUAUUUUUUUCUGUUUAAAUUAUUUCAAAAAUUCGGAAAAGAAUUUCUUUCUUUUUUACCUUCCAACCAAACCAAGACAUCACGAAAUCGGAUUCUGUAUUGCGCGACGACUGCAAUAAUUAAUUACAAGAUUAUAUUAUUAUACCAUCACAAAUAGGAAACGAAACAAAACCCAAAAAAAAAAAAAAAAAAGCUGUGCUAAUUAAUAAUAAUAAUAAUUUAAAUUUAAUCCUUUGUGUUGAAAGCUUAAAAAAAAAAUCUUUUUUUUUUUAAACAAAUUCUAAGGGUUAAGAGAAAGCAACGUAAAGAAGUUGAAAAUGGAUCUUGCACACGCCAAGACCGCAGACGAAGCUUGCGGUUUCUUUGGAGUUGAUAGUAAUGUUGGUCUUACUGAUGAUCAAAUUAAGAAAAACUUAGAGAAAUAUGGGCCGAAUGAACUGCCGGCUGAGGAAGGUAAACCUCUUUGGGAACUCAUUUUGGAGCAAUUUGAUGACUUGCUAGUAAAAAUUCUGUUGCUAGCUGCUUGCAUCUCCUUCAUUUUGGCUUGGUUUGAAGAAAAUGAUGAUCAGAUCACUGCAUUUGUUGAACCUUUCGUCAUCCUUACAAUUUUGGUGUGCAAUGCUGUUGUUGGUGUAUGGCAGGAAAGAAAUGCUGAAAGUGCGAUUGAAGCUCUUAAAGAAUAUGAGCCAGAAAUUGCUAAAGUGGUACGACAAAACUACAAGGGAGUGCAGAAAAUCCGUGCCAGUAACUUGGUCCCUGGAGAUAUUGUUGAUGUCUCAGUUGGUGACCAAGUACCCGCUGACAUCCGUAUUAUCAAAAUUUUCUCCACAACUCUCAGAAUUGAUCAAGCUAUUCUUACCGGAGAGAGUGUCAGUGUAAUCAAACACACAGACCCUAUUCCUGACCCAAGAGCUGUCAACCAGGACAAGAAAAACAUCCUUUUCUCUGGUACCAAUAUUGCUGCCGGAAAAUGCCGUGGACUUGUCAUUGGAACUGGACUAAGCACAGAAAUCGGUAAAAUCAGAAAUGAAAUGAUGGAUACUGAAACAGAAAAGACCCCUCUGCAACAGAAACUCGAUGAAUUCUCCAACCAACUUUCCAAGGUCAUCACUAUUAUUUGUAUUGCUGUCUGGGCUAUCAACAUUGGUCACUUCAACGACCCUGCUCAUGGUGGUUCCUGGAUUAAGGGUGCUAUCUACUACUUCAAAAUUGCUGUUGCCUUGGCUGUGGCUGCUAUUCCUGAGGGUUUGCCAGCUGUCAUCACCACCUGUCUUGCUUUGGGUACUCGCAGAAUGGCCAAGAAGAACGCUAUCGUCAGAAGCUUACCCUCUGUUGAGACCUUGGGCUGCACCUCCGUCAUUUGCUCUGAUAAGACUGGUACUUUGACAACCAACCAGAUGUCUGUCUGCAAGGCCUUUAUCUUCAGCAGGAUUGAAGGAAACGACAUUGGUAGCUACCAAUUUGACAUCACCGGAUCCACAUACGCUCCAGUUGGUGAACUCCAUAUCAACCAGAAGGUUGUGAAGGGCAGUGAUUUUGCUGGUCUUGAGGAACUUUGCACUAUCUGCGCCAUGUGUAACGACUCCAGCGUUGACUACAAUGAGUCCAAAGAUAUUUAUGAAAAGGUUGGUGAGGCCACUGAGACUGCCUUGUCCGUAUUGGCAGAGAAGAUCAACUACUACAACACUGACACCAGCCACCUCAACAAACGUGAGAUCGCCACUGCAUGCAACCAGGUUAUCCAAGGAAUGUGGAAGAAAGAGUUUACUCUGGAGUUCUCUCGUGACCGCAAAUCCAUGAGUGUUUACAUUGUCCCCAACAAACCAUCCAAAGAAGGUACCAGAAUGUUUGCCAAGGGUGCUCCUGAAGGUGUUCUUGACCGUUGCACAUCUGUCCGUGUUGGCAAGGACAAGGUACCAAUGACCCCUGUUGUUAAGAAUGAAAUCCUGAAGGUCUGCAAGGCCUGGGGUACUGGACGUGACACUCUUCGCUGCUUGGCUCUCGCUACAAUUGAUAACCCACCCAAAGUUGAGAACAUGGAUCUUGAGGAUUCUCGCAAAUUCAUCCAAUAUGAAACCAAUAUGACAUUUGUUGGCGUUGUUGGUAUGUUGGAUCCCCCCAGAGCUGAAGUUAUUGACUCCAUCAAGGCUUGCCGAGCUGCUGGUAUCCGUGUCAUUGUGAUCACAGGUGACAACAAGGCUACUGCUGAGGCCAUUUGCAGACGUAUUGGUGUGUUCACUGAAAACGAAUCUACUUCUGGUUUGUCUUUCACUGGUCGUGAAUUUGAUGACUUGCCACCAGAGGAGCAACGUGCUGCUGUAAUGAGGGCCAGACUGUUUGCCCGUGUGGAGCCAGCUCACAAAAGUAAAAUUGUUGAGUUUUUGCAAGGUGAAGGAGAAAUCUCAGCUAUGACUGGUGAUGGUGUGAAUGAUGCUCCUGCUUUGAAAAAGGCUGAAAUUGGUAUUGCCAUGGGUUCCGGAACUGCUGUUGCCAAGUCUGCUGCCGAGAUGGUUUUGGCUGAUGACAACUUCUCAACCAUUGUGUCUGCCGUAGAGGAAGGCCGUGCCAUUUACAACAACAUGAAACAAUUCAUCAGAUAUUUGAUCUCUUCCAACGUUGGUGAAGUUGUUUGUAUUUUCUUAACUGCUGCUCUCGGUAUCCCUGAAGCUUUGAUCCCUGUACAACUUCUGUGGGUCAACUUGGUAACUGAUGGUCUUCCUGCCACCGCCUUGGGCUUCAACCCUCCAGAUCUUGAAAUUAUGAAAAAACCUCCAAGGAGUGCCAAAGAAUCUCUCAUCACAGGAUGGUUGUUCUUCCGAUAUUUGGCUAUUGGUGGAUAUGUGGGUUGUGCUACCGUUGGUGCUGCUGCUUGGUGGUUCAUGAUCUAUGAGGAAGGACCUCAACUCAACUAUUACCAACUGACCCAUCACUCUCAGUGUCCGGCACAGGAGGGCCGUUUCAAAGGCAUCGACUGUGACAUCUUUGAAUCGCCUGAACCUAAAACCAUGGCCUUGUCUGUACUCGUCGUCAUUGAAAUGCUGAACGCUCUAAAUAGCUUGAGUGAAAAUCAAUCUCUAAUAAAGAUGCCUCCAUGGCAAAACAUGUGGCUCCUUGGUGCCAUUGCGCUGUCCAUGAGUCUUCACUUUGUCAUCCUCUACGUUGAUGUAAUGUCUCAAAUCUUCCAGAUCACGCAUCUCAGUAUAAACGAAUGGGUAGCUGUCUUAAAGAUCUCUUUACCUGUGAUCUUCAUGGAUGAAACUCUAAAGUUUGUCGCUCGCAAAUUCUCCGACGACUAUCCUGGUUUCUUCUGAUUGCUGAAGCAACUUCAAACUUAAGACACCACACCCAAGAGUUUAAGCCCAGUUUUGAGUGAUGUGUAAUGGAUUCCCAUUGUCUAUCAGCUACCUUCGCACCUCUUCUUCUUCUACUACUACUACCACUACUACUACUACUUCUUCCUAUUACUACUACUACCACCACCACUUCUACUAUUUGAAAAUAAAUCUCGAUGUAGGGGGUUUCUUUUUUUUUUCGAUUUUUUUUUUUUUUUUUUUUCCAAUUUACAUUUUAGAAAAAAAAAAAGAGCUCGGCCGCCCAUCUUCCCCCCUGCCCCCAUUCUUUACAUCUGCUGUGCCCCUCCCAUCCCCCUCGCCCCUUGUCAUCCACCUUUUUUUUUUUUCUUAUAUAUAUAUAUAUUUUUUCUUUCCAGAAAGAACAUUUGGUCGAGAGGGAGGUGAAAUUAGUAGAGGCUCUCUUGUCCUCUCCUUCUCACUCUCAGUCUCUCUUCUGUCUUGUCUCUUUCUGUCUCUCUCUCUCUCUCUCUCUCUCAACAACUGCUGUAGGCCGUCACCACCACCACCACCACCACCUCUGUCCAUCACUUCCUCCGUCCUCGUCGCCACCAUCUUCCUAUAUAUAUUAUAUAUAAUACAUGUUUUUUUUUUUUCUUUCUCGUAACUGCUGAGUUUAUCUCCCUUUGUCGGUUUCGAGGGAGGGGGGUUUGUCUCUGCAUCGCCGUUACUGUCGCCACCGCCGUCGCCAUCACCACACAACUGGUCUUGAAAGCCCUCACUCAGUACCCACCGUCACCACCGCCUCCACCCACUGCUGCUGUCCCUACGCUGUAACACUCGUUGCACACACACGUGCAUAUGUGUGUGUGUGAAUAUAUGCAACUUGCA